GUCCCAUUUUAGUAAUAUAGGUUUACAGCUAGUAGAAAUUUACACGGAUCGUAUAAUACAAAUAAAAAAAUAUAAAUAUUUCUGUAAAAAUGUCUUCAACGUAUCCUAAUGCAGAUGUUACCGAAUUAGGUGAAAAUAAGGAACUGAAACAAUUGGAAGAUUAUAUUGAUGAUAUUAUAUUAACUGCAAUAGAAAAAAUACAUAAUUUGGAUUUACAUAGGGAAGAUGAACACAUAUCCAGAAAUACUGAAGAAGAAAUAAUAAUAAGAGACUCCAAUGAAGUUCAAAAUAGAAUAGUGAUACCUCUAGAAAACCAACUCAAUCGUUGUGUAAAUAAAUUUCCCUUUCUAAACAAUAAAGAAGAUAAGGCAACAGAUACAGGAAUUUUUAAUUUUGUUGGAAGUUUCCACCCAGACCCUUUUGAAAAUAAACCCAUUCCUCAAACUAAUUUAAUAGUUUACCCAACACGAUACAUCAUUAGUGUUAUUGAUGAGUCAGGCGAAAUCAUAUUUAGGAAUCAUUCAGUAACGAGGAACGAGUUUCUUCUAAACACACUUAUUAUUCUUUCGCUAAUGCUUAUUGUAACAUUUUCAUUGGUGUUUGCUUUAGUUUACGUUCCCGCUAUGGGGAAUUUCAUAAAAGCCGAUACCCAAAUGUUUUAUUUUAUUUCUAUUAUCGACUUAAUUUUAUUCAUUGUUCUUUUUAGCUUUGACGAAAUUAGAAAAAAAAGCCCUUAUAAUUAUUUUCUAAUGGCCAUUUUUAGCUUAUGCAAUGGUUAUCUUUUGGGUUACCUCUAUAUCCAAUACACUACCGAUAAAUUGUUAUAUAGUCUUGCUGGAACAUUCAUUAUAUUAUUUAUAGUUGGUUCUAUAUCCUGGCUAUAUUGUUUUGAUUUAACUUCUUCUUUUUUUCUAGUUGACAUGCUAAUAAUUCUUGCGAUUGCAUAUUUAAUGAUUGCAUCUAUUUAUUAUUGGAUAACACGGAGUCAAGUUUUACUACAUUUUUUUUUCAUUAUCUUUGUAAGUGUCAUAAGUUUAGCCCUUUUUCAUCAUUUCCAGCUAAUGUUCGGAAGAGGAAAGUACGCGAUGAAUAGAGAAGAGGAAGUUCUAUCCGCUUUUGUCAUGUAUUUUCAAAUUAUGAUUGUAUUUGCAACUUUUCCAAAAUUAAUUGUAGGCCCACAAAGGUAAAACAAGUAAAUACAGAAGAUUUGUAAAGCAGG